UUUAUUCUUCCACGAUAUAUGACUGUAUGUCAUAUCUAGUAACGUUAUCAUUUUUGGUAAUACAAUUAAUUUAGAGUAAUAAAAUAAAAUAAUCACUUCUAAGUUCUAAAAUAGAUUAUGUAUCAUACACCAAGUUCAAGCUUAAAUUUAAUGUGAACUCAACCACCCUUUUCAUACCUAUGUUCCUAUUUAUACUUUUUUUUCCCAACCGUUUUCAGUGACAAUUGAGUCUUCUCCACACUCCACAUUGCCACUACACUUUCAAUAAGAUUUGAUUAUUAUGUCUCAACCAUCAAAUGCAAAACAUUGUUGUUUCUCUGGUUUGUUACACACCCUUCUUUGUGAUGGAAAUGGAAACUUUUCUGAUCAAAUCAUAGAAUCAUAUGAAACACAAAAAGUGCAUCCAAAAAAUAAGAGUGCAAUGGCUAAUGCAGCUUCUACACCAGGAGUGAUAGCAAGGUUGAUGGGGUUAGAUUCAAUGCCAAGUAAUUCCAACUUGGAAUUUAAAAAAACCAUCCCAGAUUCUGAAAUUGUGGAUUACAUGUUGGAGUUUGAUAAUGCAAGCCAAUCCAACCAUCGCCGAGCGAAAAUCUCGGCUUCAUUCAGGGAGGUUUCUGAAUUAUUUCGGCACAAGAACCGCCGUGAAGUUCUUGUGCUGUGUCGGGAUAGUGGAAGAGGAGAUAGUAAUGAUGAAAAGAAGAGCAGGAAAUUUUGCAAGCUGAAAAAUGAGCCUAGAAUUGUAAAAAAUGGUUGUUCUUCAAAGGUUAGAAGAAGUUACAAAGAUGCUAAUUGCAUUUACAGAAAGAGUGAUUGUGGGUCAUGGUCAAGCACUAAAUUGAAAAAUAAGCAGAUUGAAGAACUCUUUGAAUUAAAGCAAAUGAAAAAUAUGAGAAAGCAAUGGUCACAAAAGAAGAUAGAGAGUGAAUAUAGCCCAGUUUCAAUCCUAGACAUCAAUGACUAUAAAUACCUCUAUGGACCUGAUUUUCUAGAUUAUUCAAACUCCUUAAUGUCACCAACAAUGUGGGAAUCUUCAGAGAAAAAGUUGCUGGCUGAUGAAAUUGAAGAUAGAGCAAUGAAGAACAAAGGCUACUCCUCAGAAUUAGAGAUGAAGAUUUGCAACUUAAUUGAAAAUGAUAUGAAAGACUUACAUUUCACACAAAAGGGUAUAUGUGAGAUUGAAAGGUUUGAGGAGAUUUGUUUGGUAUAUGAGCAUCACAUUUUUAACUCUCUGCUGCAUGAAAUUGUGAAUGAACUUGUAGAAACAUUCUAGUUUAAAAUUAUAAUCAAUUGAUGUGUAACAGUAAUAGAUAAUUUAAUUACUUUAACAUGAUAGGACUAUGCUUUAGAGUUUAAGGUUUAGGGUUUUACUCAUAACAGUUCUUUGUUUUUAUUUUAUUCUUAUUACCUUAAAUUGAAUUAAACCACACAUUUAAACUUUGGCAUCACUAGACUUUAUCAGAUGAUACACUUGCAUAUGGUGAUGCCGUCCCCUAACGGAGCAAGUGAAAUUUGGACUCAAGAAUCGGCAACGACUCAUCUACUGCCCGCCGGGUCUAUAAAAUUCUGGAA